AUGGUGGUGUUUGUGGACUUGGACGAUGCCUUCGGGCAUCGCGCUUUCUCUGCGGAGAAGCCCUUCCCUCAGCUGAUGGCGCCGGUCGCCACAGCCGACUCCGCUGAAUUCCCACCCUCACCGACUUCCUCAGAUGACGAGCGCGAGGACGCCACGCACGAGGAGCUCGACAAUCCCAACAGGAACGCCUUCUCGGCAGCUUUGAGCUGUUACCCGUACGGUCCCACUUCCCAGUCCCCACUCAAUAGAAGACUAACUCCCUUCCGCUCUAGCAUCGUCAAAGAAAUCGCCCGCGCCGUCGAUUUGAAUACCCUCCACGCCUUAUCGCGAACAUGCCGCCAGUUCCACGUGAACCUAGCGCCAUUCCGCCACCAACUCGUCCGUGAGACCCUCCGCUGCGAAAAUGAAUACAUCGAGACCGUAGCAGAAAUGCUAGACGGCCGAGCUGUCAUCCCCAACAGUGUCAAGUCCGUCCUACGCCUUCUAAGCCAAGGAAAUGGCGAACCAGGACGCAUGACGCGCGGGAAAGUGAGCAAGUGCGCGCGCGACAUGGUAGGCGAGUGUCGCCGCUGCAACAAGGUCGUAUGCAGAAACUGCACGAUUAAACCACCCUCCUCAACUUCGCUGAAAAGCCGUAUCCGUCGUCUCUGUCGAACGUGCGGCACUGCACCGCUCUCCUGCCACCUCUCACACACACACCCGGAGCUCACUACCCCAGACCUCUUCGGUGAUGGAUCGGAAUCGGCUACAUUUGAGGCCUUCGCGCAUACUCCGUGCAACUGCGAUGACCUCGUCUGGCUUUGUACGCCAUGCGGCCAGACCCUGCGCAGCAAUGACACAACAUACAGGCGUGUAUGGGCCUGGCGCACGCGGUAUAGCACAUACCUGGGCGGCGGGCUAGGAACUGGUAUCGGCGAAGGAUGCCAGGGCGUAAAAUGUGGGCGCGGAGAAGGAUGUCUGGCCGCGCAGGAGAUCGAGCUUGAAGUCGAUUGCGAAGCAAAUGAAGGAUCUAGUGAUUCCAGUAGUGCGAGUCACAGUCCCGCAAGUCAUCCGCACCAUGAUCUAUUCCCAAAUGAUAGCCAUGAUGACGAGGAGCCAGGGUAUUUCAGGCAGGAGAUUAUUGGGCUUGGUGGAAGAGUGAAACAUAAGUCGAAGAAGAGGGUUAUGGUAGGCGCUUGUGUGGUUGAGUAUGAGGAUGAGCGGGAGACGGGCAAGUAUCUUGUCCGUGAGGAGAAUGGAUUGCAUCGGGCUUGGUGUGGAUGGUGUUCUCGGAUUGUUCCCGCGAGAACUGAGGCUCGAGAUUGA